AUGAUAGAAAUAAAAUAUAAUAAUUCGGAUAAAAUUUGGCAAUCAUCUGCGUUAAAUAUAAACUACUCUAGUCUUGGUGAAGCUAUUUUUUCGAAAUUAAACGAAAGUGAUCCUGAUCGAAUUAUAGAAGUGAAUCAUGAAAGUGACAUAAAAUUAACAGUGAAUGAUAUUCGUCAUCAAACAAUAAUAGUUGCGAAAAAUUUACAAAAACUUGGUGUGAAAAAAGGUGAUACUGUUAUAUUGUUUUCAAGAUCGAAUUCGAAAGUGACUCCAGUUACAUUUGCCUGUUAUGCAUUAGGAUUACCUGUGAAUUUUUUUGAAACUAGUUUUCAAGAUGAUAUCAUUCGGCAUAAUUUCGAAUUACUCAAUCCAACGUUGAUAAUUUUCGAAGAAGAAUUUCGACAAAAAAUUUGUAAAUGCCUCAAUGGUCUUCAACUGCCAAAGCUUAAACAUACCCUAAGCUUGGAAAAUGAUGAAGUUUUCCAAGUUAAUUUUGAUGAAGAAGAUGAAGACUUUCAGCCUGUUUGGAUAGAAGAUCCAAGUCAAUAUCCUGCUGCAUUAUUAUUUACAUCCGGUUCAACGGGAAUGCCAAAAAUUGCAAUUAUAUCACAUGCUCUUAUGUUACAGGGUCUGUAUAAUAAAUGGUGGCCUUUAGGCCCUGAUUCCAUCAUCUGCUCGUACGCCGAUCUUCGUUGGAUAGUUCAAGUCCAAAUGAUGUUGCAACCGUUAUUUUUUGGUGGAAAACGUGUCUAUUCAAUCCGCCUGGAAUCAGCUAUUCCAGUUAAAGAAAAACGACAAAUAAUCGACUUACACAAGAUUACACAUUUCUGUGAAGUUCCAAUGUUUUAUCUUGAUAUUUUAGCUUCAGCAGAACAAUCGGAUAAUCCGAAUAGUUUAAGUUCGUUGAGGAUUGCUUUAGUUGCUGGUGAAGUUGUUACAGAAACUUUGGUUGAUUACUCGCAAAGUGUAAUUCCAAAAUGUAAAGUUAUCAAGUGUUAUGGAAUGACAGAGGUCGCUGGUGCAGUUUGUACAAAUGAACUAAUCAGCAAGUACAAUUUGAAUGGGGGUGUCUUGAAAAAUGGUUUUAUGGUGAAAAUUGUCAAUGAUGAUGGUUGUUCUUUGGGACCAAAUGAAGCAGGCAGAUUGUGUUUAAAAUCUGCAGCUCCUUUGUUGGGGUAUUUGAAAAAUGAAAAAGCAAAUAUGAAGGCAUAUUUAGAUGACGGAUGGUAUGACACUGGAGAUUGUGCGUGCAUGGAUUUGGAUAAUUUACUUGGUAUUGGUACUCGGUAUCAUGAUUUGGUUCGGUCUUCUGGAGCAAUUAUUGUACCAAGUGUUGUGGAGGGAAUUGUCAAUACUCAUCCGAGUGUUUUAUCAUCUGCUUUAGUGGGUCAUUCAAGCUUGAAAAAGGAUUCAAAAGAUGAAAUUGGAAGUUUGUUUGUGGUUAUAGUGAAUAAUGAUAAGUUUUCAAACGAAAUUGAAGGAGAACUCAGAGAACUUAUAAGGAAUGAACUAACCAAUGAACAAUUUGAAAUUAUUCGACACAUUAGAAUUAUUUCGGAAAUACCUCUGAAAACAUGUGGUAAAGCUGAUAGGAGUGCAUUGAAGAUUUUGGCUGAGAAACUUCAAAAUUAG